AUGUCUUCCUUUCUCUUUACAUUUUUUUAUAUGUGGUAGAACCUUGAAAGAGCUACAUUUGGGCUAUUCAUUUUCUCAUUUUGAGCACUUUGAACUAUUGGAACAAGAACUUUUAAUCUCUUUCACGUGUCAGAGGAAAAAAAAUUCGACCUAACCAAUUAAGAUGGAUCUCUUGAGUAGACUUUCUGAUGACUUUCUAAAACAAAUAAAGGAGGUCAUUCGUAAAGCCUCAGAAAAUCUCCAGCAUGGUGAGAACACAUCCAUGCUACCUAUAGUCCCCAACAAAAGAGGGAGAAAGACGAGUACUAAGCUUGUUUUUGAAGUAGGCUUUUCCUUUGAACCUCCAAAAUUUUGUAAAGAUGAAAACAUUGACUUAGACAAAGAAUUGUUGAAUCUAUACGAGGAGGGAGCAAGCAGAGGGAAUCAUGUUCCCAGAUUUUCAAUGAAAGGAAGACUAGAAAAUUGGCUGUUGGAAAAAAGGGAACGCUGCACAAGUACAAGUACAAGUACAAAGGAGGAGAGAAAAACGCAAGAUACUUACUAUCAUCACUUGAGUUCAAAUCUGAAAUUCCGGUCUCAGCCAGAAUUAAUACAUUUUUUGCUUCAUGGAGGUCUUCCUCACAAACAACAUCGAAAGCAAGCAAAACAUGGAAACAAAAAACGAAACCGUGGUUGCAAGAAAAGAAAGCUGGCUGAGUAA